UGAUCAUUAUCGUCAACUAAAAUAAAAGACAACUGGUUUAGUUGUACUGUUGUAGUUUGUUGCGCAGCCUGCCUUUGUGUUCUGUGUUCACAUCACUCCUCUUGAUCAGGACUUGCCUGAUCUCCGAUCGCAUCGCACGGUGAAGAUCAUGGAUACUGAAGCCCAAGGAUUUAACCCAGGAUUAAUAGUCCUUCUCGUUGUUGGCGGCCUUGUUUCUGCAUUCCUUGUUGGGAAUUAUGCUCUUUAUGUCUAUGCACAAAAGAACCUUCCUCCCAGGAAGAAGAAGCCUGUGUCCAAGAAGAAGCUGAAGAAGGAGAAAUUGAAGCAGGGAGUUGCUCCACCCGGAGAGUAGGCGCCUUAAGCAGUGUGAUUUACCUACUUGAUUUGAGAUUGUCGUCAUAGUCCAUCAUGUUGAGAACCUUUGUUCUGUCAUUGUCUAGUGACAUCCUUUACUUUCUUGAUAUCAUUUUGUAGACUUGGUUAUGAUUAGAAUUUAUACUCGACUCCUAAUAUCCCUUGCUGGGCAAUUAGUAUUUAAUUUUUGCUUAAAUGAAGAUUAUACUUGCCUUUGCCCUC